AUGCAUUUGAUUGGCUUGGGUGUGUUCAUUUCCCACAAGAGUGACUCGGUGGGCUUUGAGGACGUAGCUGUGAACUUCACCGCAGAGGAGUGGGCUUUGCUGGACCCGGCUCAGAGGAAGCUCUACAGAGACGUGAUGCUGGAGACCUUCAGGAACCUGGCCUCCGUGGAGGUGCUGGGGUGUCUGGGGGUAAAUCAUUUGGUGGAGAGUCUCUGUGAAGGUAAAGAAGGCCAUCAAUGUCUAGAAACCCAGAACCAGCUUACACAUCUUACAGUGCAUAAGGGUUAUCUGACUGCAAUUCAGCCCUGUAAAUGCACUAAGUGUGGAAAAACCUUCAGGGAUUGUUCUUUCCAGAGGAAUCAGCAAAGAUCUCACACCAGACACAAACCUCAUCCAUGUGAAGAAUGUGGGCGAACCUGCACCUGUGUCUCAUGCCUAAAUCCUCCUGGUGGAACAGACAUUGUAGAGAAAACUGACAAACGUCAGGAUGAUGGGAGAACAUCUAAAAGAUAUGUAAAAAGUCACAGUAGCAAACAGUCUUUAGAGUGUAAGAAAUCUAAAAAAUCAUUCACUUGCCUGUCAUCUGUCCAGCAACAUGUGAGAGGUCAUUAUGGACAGAAAAUCCACGUUUGUGAAGUAUGUGGGAAAUCCUUCAGUUAUUAUUCCCAGAUUGCACGGCAUGUGAGAACUCACACUGGAGAGAAACCCUAUGAAUGUAAAGAAUGUGGGAAAGCUUUCACUCGCAUCUCACACUUCCGAGAACACGUGAGAAUGCACACUGGAGAGAAACCCUAUGAAUGUAAGCAGUGUGGCAAAGCAUUCAGUUGGUGCACUUACCUUCGAGAACACAUGAGAACACACAGUGGAGAAAAGCCCUAUGAAUGUAAGCAGUGUGGCAAAGCCUUCCCCUAUCUCAAAUCCCUGCAAGGACAUGUGAGGAUCCACACCGGAGAGAAACCUUAUGCGUCAGCCCUGGAGACGGAAGCGGAAGCGGCGGUCGGGGAGCGGGCUCCGGGGGUUGCGCUUUCCUACAUGCGUCAGCCUGCUUCUGCAGAGGGAGGUUUUUCCUGUGUCCACCGCAGGUGCUGGACCCGCGUGUGCUCGUCGGCCGAGGCUGGAGGAGUGGCGGGCGGCGGUGGGAAUGGGUCAGAGGGCGGGGCGCAGUUCCAGGAGUAG